AUGAAUCCCCUCACUAAGAUUAGUGAAUUGGUUUUUUUUUCUUAUUGUGGAAUGUCUAAUUGUUAAUAUUAUUCUAUUUCACUUGCUGAUUCAUACGUAAAAUUUAAAGAAGAAUAAUUUGAUACUUUUUGGACUAAUAGAAAAUCCACACUUAGAGGAGGAGGUUGUGUAAAUUUUAAUAAAAAGAAAAAGUAAAAUGGAGAUGGAAAAAAGUAGAUUGUUUAAUAAAAUAUGAAUGUUGAAGAAAUUAAAUUGGUACUAGGGUAGUAUGUUAAUAAACAUGGCCUGGGUACAUUAUUUUUGGAACUCUAAAAUUGUGAUAAUGAUUGUGUAGUCUACUCAUUCUAAAUUAUUACAAUAUGUCUUGACCUCUUACAAUAAUUUGAUAGGAAAUUAAUAGAUCUAGAAAAUAUGUACCAUUUAAUAAUUAAUGUCAAAGAGAAUAUCGAUCAUAAUUUAAGGAAAGAAAAAGAUUACAAAUGGGUUAAUGAAUUCUAAUUUUAUUUUCAUUUACUGGAAUAAUCUAUAGAGGAAUUAAGAAAGUUAAAUGAAAGAUAAAAUUAAUCAAAUUUAUUACUUUUUAUAAAUUUUCAAUAAAGGGACUUAAAUCAAAAUUAGUAAGAAUCUUUUUGGUCUGAUUUAAUGAAUUUAAAUUAAGAAGGAGAUUUGAAUAAAUAUGAAACUUAUUAUUUUUAUUAAAUGUUCUAGAGAAAACUUAUAUAAAGUAUUUAUUUGGAAAACGAAAAUAAUUUUAAUAGAUAGAUUAAAUUGCUUUAAGAUUUUUAUGAUAAAUUUGUAAAUCCAGAAGAUUAACUAUAUAAUUAAGAUAAACAAAUGAUAUGGAUUUUAACCUAACUCAAUCUGAUUAUUAGAGAAUGUUCAGAUAAAUAAUAAGGGAUUAAUAACAAAUUGAAAGAUUUUUAGUAAAAAUUAAAUCUCAAAUUACCGGAGGAUCAAAGAUUUUUUUAUUCGUUUAGGAAAUAUAAAGAUGAAAAAAAAUUUGAAAAAAUAAAAAAAUGGAUAGUGUUUCAUUUAAUAAUUCUAUCAAAAAUAUAUGAAAAUGAAUAACAUAUAAUGGAGAUUUUAGAUAAAUCAGCCAAAGAAUUUUAAUGCAAAGAAUAAAAUUAAAAUGUAAAUGAUUUAUGGGCUCAGAAGAAGAAAAGAUUUUUUCCCAAUAAUGAAUCAACCACACCUCCAAUAGAAAAGCCAUCUUAUAAAAAUUAACUAAAUCACAUUUGCUAGAAAAAAUUAAAUAAAUAUAAGGAAUCACGAAAAUAAGAAAAUUAAGAUUUUAUAAAAUUAAAAGUUAGUAUCAAAUAACCUACAUAAGAAAUGUAUUAUGAUAGUUCAUAAUGUCAGGAAUUUCUAUAGAAUUAGGAAAAAGAUAUAUUGUGGAUUUUUGGGAAGGCAAAAUGUGGUAAAACAACUUUAAUUAAAUAAAUGAUUCAUGAUUUAUGGUAAAAUUAUUAAGAUUAGAUAUCAAAUUGGAUACCAAUAUAUAUAUUAUUACCAUCAAUAGAAUAAAUAGUAAAUAUAAAUGAAGUGCUAAAAAAAUGCUUAGAUUAGAAACCAUUUGGAUUUACGGAUAUUUAGAUUUAGGAUUUUAUAAAUGCUGUUGAUAAUGAUUAAGAAUAUUUAUUAUUUGUCUUAGAUGGUUAUGAACAAAUGAGUUAUGGUUUUUAGGAGAAUAAUUCAAUUAGAAUGCUGGGAUUUGAUAGAUAAAAGAAGAAUAUAAAAAUAAUUAUCUCAACAAGGAAUUCGUUUUUUUAUAAAUUUUAAGAAAGAGAGAGAUAGAAUUUAGAAUUAAGAAUGAUUUAAAUGGAAAUAAAGGAAUUUGAUGAAGAGUAAAAAAAAUAACAUAUAACAAAUUGUCUUAACUAAGAAAUUUUCAAAAAGUUUUAAAAUUCUAAAAUUAAAAUUGAAUUGAAACAAUUGAAUAUUGAAAUUGAUUUUCAUGACGGGAAAAUUGAAUUGUAGUAAUCAACUAUUAAAAAUUUAGUAAAUUUGUAAUAAAGUAAUUAGACUGAAUAAACUAAUAUCAAAUUGAAAGAAAUUAUAAAAGAAACAUUAUUUGAGACAGAGUAAUUGAAUUGUCUUUAGAAAAAAUAUUUCAUAAAUUGUUUUUCAUUUAAUUAUCAAUUCAAUAUCUUGAUGAAUUUGAUCUAAAAAAUAAAAACCUAAAGGCCUCUUAGUUAUAAAUCUAGUUCUUCAAAAUACUUUAAAUCUAUGAAGUAAAUAUAAAAGAUGGAAGAGAGUAGAGAAAAAUAUUUAAAUGACAAAAUGAGUGAAAGUAGCUCUACCUUUUAAGAAAACCUAUAAAAUCCAUUUGAAUAUCAAUUUGAUCCACGUGAAAUCAAUAAAAUGUUUACUUCCAUAUUUGAAGAUUAAAAAAUUAAUCUAUAUAAAUGUUUACGCAAUACAUUAAAUGAAAAUAAAGUACAAUAUGCACAUGUUUUAAUCUAAUCUAUUUCAAAUCCAUAUUUUACCAUAUAUUAAUACAUAAAUUAUCUUUUCAGAUAAUAUUCCUAAGAUGCUAAUAAUAAAAAAUAUCUUUAUUAAUUGUCUAAGGAAUAAAAAGAAGUUAAAAAAGCAAUAUUAGCUAUUUCCAUUAAAAAAGCAAUUGAAAUGAGCAAUGAUUAAAACAGAGAUCAAUAAAAGCAAAAUGAUUAAGAAAAACUUACUGAAAUGAGAUACUGCUUAUUAGAAAUUUAAAAUUCAAAUUAUCGAUUUAUGGACUAAAUAUUUUAAGAUUUUUUUGUGGCAAAAUAUAUAAUUAAAUUGAUAAAAGGAUUUCGACCAAAUCAAAUUCUCUCAGAUUCUUUUUUUAAUAAUCAAAUUUUUAAUUUAAAAAAUACAAAUUAUGAAGGUGUUGUAGCUUUACUUAAAGAUUAAUUAUUAAGAAUAGAUUAAAUAUAUCAAAAACUUAUUGAAUUAAUUAAUUUGUCUAAAAAUGAACAAUUUAAAAGAGCUUCAUCAAAUAGUUUAUAUCUAUUAUCAAUUCUUAAUCUCAAUUUAGAAAAAGUAAAUUUAGAUGAAAUACAUAUUGCUGAUAUAAGUAUAGAAGGAUUAAGUUUUUAUAAAGCAAGCAUACGUUAUUCACAUUGGGAAAAUAUAAAGAUCAAUUAAUGCAAUUUUAAUUAAGCAGAUUUAAGUGGAGCACAAUUUAAGAAUGUAGAUAUAAGAGAAAAUCCUAAAAUUCAUGUAAGAGAUGGAGUUUAAUAGUUGCAAUUUUCAAGUGAUAAUAAAUAUAUUGGAAUUUUAUAUUACAAUACUAUAAUUAUUCAGAAAUUGGAAGAUAAUUCUUAAAUAUAAUUGAGAUUAGAGGGAUUUGGAUCAUUUAAUUAUUUUAGUUUUUAAAGAGACUCCUCAAGACUUGCAAUUUCAACUGUCUUUAAUUAAGAGAAUGUUGAAAAAUAUCCUGCUGUUGAAAUUAUAGAUUUUCAAGAAUUUUUUAAUUCAUCAAAUCAAUACUAAUCUAAAGAUUAACUAAUUAAAAACUUAAAAAAUUAAAAAUUAUAUUACGAUUUUUGUUGUAAUGCGUUUUCGUUUUUAAAUGAAAAAAAAUUGUGCUGUGGAUUUAAAAAUAACUAAUUAAUAUUAUGGAAUUUUACAAAGGGAUAGAACAAUUAUGAUGUAAUCAAUACGUUUCAAUAGUAAAUUUUAAAAAUUGCCUUGGAUUAUAAAAAAUCCAGUUUGGACUAUAAAGGAAACAGUUAGGAUUAUAAAAAUCAAACUAUGGCUAUCCAAUUUGUUGAUAAAACAGUUAAGAUUUUCAAUAUAACUAGGGCAAAUGAUGGUAGUAAGUAUAAAAGUUAACCUAAAAAGGGAUGGGAAAAUAAAAAUUUAAUUUUAUCUUCUUGCCAAAACUUUUUAGCUAUAUAAAAUAAUGAUGAUUUAGUUAUCUAUAAUUGGUAAUUGGAUGAAAAGAAAAAAUACAAAAUAUCAUCUUAAGUUUAUAAAAUAAAUUAAUUCCAUAUAAGUUAAAAUUUGAAUAAGCUACUAAUAGUAAAAUCUAAAGAAAUAGAAUGGUUAGAUUAAGAUCGUUUUAUUCUUUAAAGAUUAUAGGAUAAUUCUUAAUCCUCUAUUUCUCCAGAUGGAACUUAAUUAGCCAUCUGUUAAGAUAAUAAAAUCUCUAUCAUUUGGCAAGAUAAAAAUAAAUUAAAUUUAUCUAAUCGAAUUGUUUAUUAAGAAAUUUAAAAGGCAUAAUAUUCUCCAGAUGGACAAUAUAUUGUAAUAGAAUUUUAAGAUAAGACUAUAUUUUAUGAUUUUGAUGAUUUUGAAAUUUCACUCUAAUUAGAAAAGGUAAACUUUUUGGUUUUCUCAAAAGAUUUCUUCGCUUUAAGCUCUGAUUAAGGUGUUAAAAUAUUUGGUUUUUAGGAUCGUGAGCUCCUUGAAUGGUUACCAUUCCAAACUAAAAAAAUACUAUUUUGUUUUGCAUCAUAACGUUUAGCAAUUUUAGACAACUAAAUCUGUAUUUAUGAUGUUGUUGAAUCAUAAAAAAAUUAGAAAAAACUUUUAGAAAAAAUAAAUAUAGUAAUUGAUUAUCAUCCUAAGAUUAUUAUUGCUAUUUCAUAAAAUAAUGAUUAUCUCUCGAUAGCAUAAGGUGGACAAUUUUUCUUAUUUAAAAAUUCCAUACUUUAAGAAUAAUAAAAAAAUCAAGGAAACUAAAAUGAAAUAAUUUUAUCUAUGUGUUUUACUUUUUAUAAUGAACAGAAUCUGCUUGCAACUAGAAGUAGGAAGGGAUCUUCACAUAUAUUUAGAAUUAUAAACGUCUCUGGCAUUAAAAUCGUUUCAGAAUGGGAAGUAAAGGAUUAAAUUAAUGAUAAUGAUAACUAUUAAAAUAGAUGUUAAUUUUUAAUUAUUCAGGAUAAAUUAUACAUUAUAUCGAAUCAAAAAAAUCUAAUAAUCCUUUCAUAAAUAAUUAUGUUCUUGGAAAAUUAAAAAAUAGAAGAGCCAUAACAUAUUAAAUUAUAACAAUAAAUGUUGGGUGAUUCAAACACUGUAGCAGAUUACUUAUGCUUUAGCUUCUCAAUAACUCAAAAUCUAAAUUUUAUAGCAUCAUGUUAUUCUAAUAAUAAUCAACUUAAAGACGGAAUAACUACUAUAAUUUUUUGGUAAUAAGAUGAUAAAUAAAUCUAUAAAUAGAUUUUUACAAUUACAAAAACAGGAGGUUCAAAUUUAUUUAUUUUAUAAAAAGAAGAAAAAUAAUGUAUAUGGUUACUCAGUUAUAUUAAUGAUUUAGAUUCCUCAAAAAUUCAAAUACAAUAAAUAACAACUGAUGGCGUCAUAAAUAUAUCAAAAGAAAUAAAUUCUUAAAAGCCUAUCUCAUCAAUUACAUUUUCAUCAGUUUUUUAACAUUUAUUAAUAAAUCAUUUGCCUAAUGGUUUUUCUCUUUAUGAAAUAAAAGAAUUAGAUUAGUCAUAACUUUUAUGUUAUUGUGAAUAAACUUAAAUGCCUGUAUAUUUUACUUAAAAUGAUUAUGCAAUUUACUUUUUUCAAUAAAGUAUUGUUAUUAGAAGGGUAGACUAAUUUAUAAAAUACUUAAAGUAUUAUUCAAAAGGAAUCAUAAUAGAUUAAAAUGUAGGUUUGUGUUUUAAUAAUAAUCUCUUUUAUUUUAAUAAUGAAUAAAAAAUCAUUUAUGAAUAUAGUGAUAUAGGAGUUUAGGAAAUUAUUUAUGAAAAUGUUGAAUAAUAAAUUAUUACAUGCUCUUAAUUUUCUCCAAAUGGGAAUAUUGUUGUAUUUACAUAUGUUAAAAAUAGUAAAUAAUUUUCAAGAAUUUUAUAAAAAAAAAUGGAUAAGUAUGAAUAACUAUAGGAAAUUUAAUUUGAUUCUAAUAUUUAUGGGAUUAAAAUUUUAACAAAUAACUCAUUCAUAGUUCUUACUAAUAAAAUUUUGAUAUAUAAAAAAAAUAUGGUUGGUGAAGCUACUUCCUUUUAAAUUUAAAGUUUACACUCACCAGAUAUUUUUUUAAAUCCAGAAUAAAGUAUAAAAUAAAUUAGUGUUCAUCCGAAUGGAAAUGAUUUUCUUGUAAUAACAAAAGGCGGUUAGAUUUAAGUUUAUUUAUAAGAUGAAGAAUAAUACUGUUUAAAAAAAACAAUUUCUGAUCAAAUUUAAUUUGAAGCCAAAGAUUGUAAAAUUAAAAAUAUUAGGGUUGAUAAUCCAAAAAUAAAAGUGCUAUUUUAACAAAAAGGGGCAAUCGAUGAAAGCAUGUAAGAAUAUAAGAAAUUAUGA